AUGGCUCCUGCUCUUACUCCUACCACCAAGCUAUCUCAUGAAGACGGUCUUCUCUUGCUCAUUGCUCAUGCCCACGGCUAUGCCCACAAGGCCAGCCUCCAUGACGCAUUAAAAACGCUCGCUGACGUCCCUGCGAAAGUGCAGAACGCAAAAGCAUAUGUCACGGUGCUGAACAAUAUCGUCACCGUCGAGAGCGACAGGAAAAAGUUUACCAGCAAGCCACUUAAUCCCGGCGUCUUUCGACAAUAUCCCGCGUAUUGCGGGAUUGCGGGUACGCUCUUCUCCAGGCCAAAGAUUUCAGUCCUCAAAGGAGAGAACGAUAUUUGGAUCCAGCAAUAUCCUUCGUACGAGGCCAACACUGACGCCAAAGGUCGUGUCGUAAUUGGUUUCUGGACUAACAAGAAGAUCGUUGCCGUGAUGAGUAUUCUCCCUCUUGCUUUAGUUCCAUUCUCAUACUCAGACAUUCUGUGCAGUUCAAGACUGAUGUUGAUAACGAGUAUGGCAGGGCCAGGGAACUUAGAAACUUACAGGGAUGCAGUAGGUCUUGACAUUAUUCACAGAGAAUGCUGCUGGGGAUCAGAAAUCCCAGAGAGACGUGAUCGCGGUGCUGAGGUCAAGAUCACUCAGAAACGCGUCGUGAGGUGGGACCAUGCGGACGCGCGCACUUGGAUCUUCCGCUAA